CCUUGGGGUGGCGCUACAGCUCAGACUCCUCCCUUCCCACCUCGGCCCUCCUCCCUUUUCUCCGAGCCAGCUUUACCACCAGCUCCGGCCUCGGCUCACCUUCCAGAGCCCCUUCCCCGGAGCUGAGCUACCGAAGGGCUUCUCUCCCGCCCUCAACCCAGCAGCACCGCAGCUCCGGGGCAGCCCGGCCGGCCAGCCUCCCCCCCAGCUCAACCCUGCCCGAGUCCCCCAGUCAUGAACCUCUUCCGAUUCCUGGGAGACCUCUCCCACCUCCUAGCUAUCAUCUUGUUACUGCUCAAAAUCUGGAAGUCCCGAUCGUGUGCGGGCAUUUCAGGGAAGAGCCAAGUCCUGUUUGCUGUGGUGUUCACUGCCCGAUAUCUGGACCUGUUCACCAACUACAUUUCACUCUACAACACCUGCAUGAAGGUGGUCUACAUAGCUUGUUCCUUUACCACGGUGUGGAUGAUCUACAGCAAGUUCAAAGCUACUUAUGAUGGCAACCACGACACUUUCCGGGUGGAGUUCCUCGUCGUUCCUACUGCUAUUUUGGCUUUCCUGGUCAACCAUGACUUCACCCCUUUGGAGAUCCUCUGGACCUUCUCCAUCUACCUGGAGUCAGUGGCUAUCUUGCCACAGUUGUUCAUGGUGAGCAAGACGGGUGAGGCGGAGACCAUCACCAGCCAUUACCUGUUUGCACUGGGUGUCUACCGUACACUCUAUCUCUUCAACUGGAUCUGGCGCUACCACUUCGAGGGCUUCUUUGACCUCAUCGCCAUCGUUGCUGGCCUGGUCCAGACAGUCCUCUACUGCGAUUUCUUCUACCUCUAUAUCACCAAAGUCCUGAAGGGGAAGAAGCUGAGCUUGCCGGCAUAACCCUGGUCUCACCAGCCUUCUCUGAGGCAGGGCAGGGCAGGAGGCAGAGGAAGGCUGCUGGAGACCGAGAGCCUUCCAUCCAGAGCUGACUUUAUAAAGAGCUCGCCUCUCCUGGCUCCCCACCCCUCCAGCUGGGUUUUGGGGUCUAUGGAGGACCCUGCUCCUGGGGAGCUCAGGACCCUAGCUGUUUGUAGCCUUUUGCCUUUUAGAGAAGAAAAACAAAAACAAAUCUUUCCACUAUUUAGUUUUUGAUUCUGAUGACUUUUUUCUCUUCUACCUGGCCCUGAUUUUUUAUAAACUGUGUUUUGAGUGUUCUCUGGAUCAGGGCCAGGGGAGGUCGAUUCCCCUCUCCAAGAUCCUACCCCAGCCCCAUGGUUGCCAAACACUACGUCUGCCAAUAUCUGCCUGCCCACCUUGGCUGUGACAGCGAUGCUCCUUACAUGUUCCUGGAUUGGUGGUAAGAAGGAAGAAAGUUAAGGAGGGUCUCCUAAGUUUUCAUGAUUUUUUUUUUCUUCCCCAGAAUUUGUUAGCUUUUUGUGUGUGGGGUGGGGGAGGGGAGGGUUGUCCUGUUUUUGAUAAAUUAGGGGAAGCUAUGGGCUUAGGCAAGGGAAAGAGGCUGGCUGACCCAGGUGGUGACCCAGACUACACUCUAACACCAUGUUUUUGUACAGAAUUUGAUGGCUGAUUCUUUGUUCUCUUGAAAUAAACCAAGAAACCUGUCCUUCU